CGGUCUUCCAGGUCCGGUUAUCGGCCAGGAAAAACAUUAAAUCUUGCCUCCACUGUCUUUUCCAGCUCGGCCUAUCUUCACAUCCUUGAGUCGAUUCCUCCAGUACCCAUUCAGUUAUUGUCAAGUUAGGGAGAUCAGGACAACAUGGAGAAGAUCACAGAGAAGAUAGCGGCCUUACGGCCAGAUGCCAGCUACUUCUCUCUUGAAUUUUUCCCUCCCAAGACCCAAAUGGGUCUUGCAAACCUCCAGGCACGUCUAGAGCGUAUGUCACAGGGUCUUCGUCCGCUUUUUGUCACCGUUACCUGGGGUGCUGGAGGGACCACAGCUGCCAGGUCUCUGGAGCUUGCGGAGAUCUGCCAGCGUCAUCUUCAACUAACAACAUGCUUACAUUUAACGUGCACGAACAUGAGCCGGGCUUUGAUUGAUGAUGCAUUGGAAGAAGCUAAGGCGCUUGGGAUCAGAAACAUUCUGGCUCUACGAGGAGACCAGCCGCGAAGCGAAGAGUAUAAUAUGCAUGGGGAGGAUGACAGCAACAAAGACUUCACAUAUGCGGUGGACCUAGUGCGGUAUAUCAGGCAGAAAUAUGGAGAUUACUUCUGUAUAGGAGUCGCUGCAUAUCCAGAGGGUCAUCCUAUUGAAUCUUCCGACGAGGCUCAGUCGCCAGAGCAUGAUCUGCCUUACUUGAUCGAGAAGACAGAGGCCGGUGCCGACUUCAUAAUGACCCAAUUGACAUAUGACCUUGAUGCAUACAGGAGAUUCGAGAACUUAUUACGAAACCAUGAAUCGGGCAUCUUCAAGACUAUUCCAAUCAUUCCCGGCCUGAUGCCUGUCCAUAGUUACAAGGUUUUGACCCGAGUAACGAAACUAAGUAACGUCCACAUUCCGCCUAAAACUCUUUCAAAGUUCGAUGAAUUGAAAAAUGAUGACGACGCUGUCAAGAGUGCAGGCGUGGAUGUUCUCAGUGGCAUAGUCGAAGGCAUCAAGAAGAUCCCUUGUCCCGUCAAUCGAGGGUUCCAUUUCUACACGCUCAAUCUUGAAAAGACAGUGACCUUUAUUAUCGAACGCUGUAACCUUAUUCCAUCUGUAUCUGAACUCAAAGAUGCUGAGGAUAGCGCCAUUGAUUCGUCGACUCUGGAUACCCUUCCAGACCAGGAGCAGUUACGUUCGCUGGCCAGACGUCGGGGUUCUUCAAUAAAUUCGCAACCGCAGAACCGGGUUAUAGUAGAUAAGUUACAGCUUACUCCUGACGGUCUCUCAAAAGAUGUUGCUGCACACGAGACAGCUGCUCUCAGUGCUGGAGUGCCGGCGCUGCCACCAAACCGUAACAUGACACUUCAGAUAUCCGAAGGCUUUGGGUCACUUGGCAGAGAGGCCACUUGGGAUGACUUUCCUAACGGACGAUGGGGUGAUGCACGCUCACCUGCGUUUGGAGAAAUUGAUGGCUACGGGCCCUCAUUGCACGUCACAUCUUCCGUUGCUCGUCGACUCUGGGGCUAUCCCGUUUCCCGUGAAGACAUCAACACAAUCUUCCGGCGCCACGUCUCUGGAGAACUGUAUAUUGUCCCCUGGUCCGAAGGCGGAGCAGAGGAAGAUGGCGGAGGCUUGAACGCGGAAACUGAGCUCAUUAAACCAGAACUACUCAAACUGAUUGACGGUAGAGGCUGGUGGACACUCGCCUCACAACCCGCCGCGAACGCUGUCCGCAGCGACCACCCCAUCUUCGGCUGGGGCCCGCAGGGCGACGGCUUUGUCUUCCAGAAGCCGUUUGUCGAAUUCUUCUGCCCCAGCAAAGACUACAAGAACAUCCUUAAAUCGAUCUUUGAGAAGGAAGGAGCCCAGGAAAAGCUUGCCUGGCUUGCCACCAAUGCGGCCGGUGAGUUCGAGUCCUCACAUCCAUCUCAGUCCUGGGACGAAGUCGACCUGGACGCCAAUUCCAGCAGCGUCAAUGCCGUCACCUGGGGCGUCUUCCGUAGCAAGGAAAUUGUCACCCCAACAAUCAUUGAAGAAGUCAGUUUCCGUGCUUGGGGUGAGGAGGCGUUCCGGAUAUGGGAUGAGUGGCGCCGCAUCUACCCCCGUGGCUCAGCUACGGAGCGUUUCAUCGAUGAAAUGAAAAACGAUGUCUGGCUGGUUUGCGUUGUCGGUCAACAAUUUGGUGCCGGGACGAAGCCGGGAUCGAAGGAGGAAGAGGAAGAGUUCAAGUGGAUGUGGAAGACGUUAACAGGGGAUGAUCCUAUAGACCACUAG